AUGAAAUUCUUAUUAACUUUUGCAGGCCAUAAUCAGGUCAUAUUUGAAGAAAUAAUGUUGAGACAGAAACUCUCUGUGGAAGUUGUAAGCGCCAAUGGCCUUUCGGACAGUCUUGAGCUACCGAGUCCCUGUGUUGAGCUUCGUUUUGCUGGCCAAAGUUUCACUACGACGGUCAAGAGGAAGGUUCGAUGUCCUGUAUGGUCCGAGAAGACCAUGUUUGAUGUGCUGGACAAGGAAAGGCUUCCUUCUCUUGCUCUUGAAGCUUAUGUCUAUAAUGUCAUUGAUGGCUACCAGUUUUUCCUUGGUAAGGUCCGGAUUUCUGGGGCUAGCUUUUCUGACUCAUCUGAUGAAAUUGUCAAAGACUAUCAGUUGAAGGGUCGGAUGUUCAAGCGAUCGAAGGGAGUGUUGCUUCUUAGAGUAUUUCUGAAAAAUGAAGCCCCUGUCUCACAAGUUAUACCCUCUCCUGUUCUGGGACUUCCUGUACAGGCACCCGCGGAUGCUGUAGUCAAGUACAUUCAACCAAACUUUGAAGAUGGGGUGAUUGUUGGGCGUAUAUGCUACUUGUUUGUACGUGUGGUAAAGGCUCGAUGCUUGCCUGAUGUGGAUGUUGACCAAAAGCCUGAUCCAUAUGUAGAGGUAAAUGCUGGUAACCUUAGAAGCAUCACAAACUCUGUACCCGAGGAGCAGAACCCAGAGUGGAACUCGACUUUUGCUUUCUCCAGACGCCAGUUGGACAAUGCACAGAUAACUAGAAUCUACGUUGUUGUCUAUGACGGGUUCACAGAUGAUUCUGUUGGGUUGAUCUCAUUUGACCUAAGUGACAUUCCUGAGCGUUCCCGAAAUGACAAACCAGUAGUGCCGAAGUGGCACCAACUUAUUGACCAAAGCGGAAGGACAGCACAAGGUGAGUUGAUGCUUUCGGUUUGGAAGGGCGUGCAGUCUGAUGAGGCAUUCUGUGAUUCAUGGAAGUCGGACUGGUUAGAGGCGAGCGUGGCUGUGCGACCGCACAUUGUGCCCAAAGUGUAUAGCUUACCCAGGCUGUGGUGUCUGCGGGUCCAUAUAAUUGAGUUCAAAUGUAUUGCUCUAGCAUGUGGAAGCAAAAUUGUAGAGGCAUAUGUCACAGUGGUGGUAGGUGGUCAGCGAAAGACGAUGAAGAGAAUGAAGAAGCCACUAGCCCAUUAUGUCUGGGAUGAAGAACUGACAUUCAUUGCUGCAGAGCCAUUUGAGGAUGACCUUCAAAUAUCUAUCCAAGCACAUCUAGGGCCUGGCAGAGACAAGGUUGUCGGCCGAAUCAUCAUACCCGUGCAAACAGUUCAGCAUCGAGUUGGAGGUUUGUCGUCUGCCAAACUCGAGCAUCAAUGGCAUGAUCUUCAAGUUCCACCCAAUGCAGCAGUUGCCAAUGGUGCUGGGGAUGACUUGACCGUGCCAUCGUGCCGCAUUCAUCUCACUACCUGCCUCGACAGUGAAUACGGUGCCCACUAUGGCUCUGGAGACCACACGGAUGAAAUCUCAAAUCCUCCACUUGUUGGCUUGCUUGAGGUUGGCAUCAUUGGAGCUCGGGGUCUGCCUCCUAUAAAAAGGAAAGAUGGGAGAUUUUCGUCGCAUCCAUAUUGUGUGGUGAGAUACGGCCGGAAGUGGGUACGAACUCGUACCAUCAUCAACAACCGUGACCCUUUAUUCCAAGAGCAGUACUCAUGGGAUGUUUAUGAUACAGCAACAGCCCUGAUCGUUGGAGUGUUUGACAAUGCCCAGGUGGAAGAGUCAAGUUCAGGAGCGUACAAGGGUGUCAACAUAGGGAAAAUAAGGAUACAUCUUUCCCAUCUCCAACCUGGUCGGAUAUAUUGUCAUGCAUACCCUCUUCUUGUUCUGCAGCCUUCAGGUGUGAAGAAAAUGGGUGAACUGUGCCUGUCGGUGAGAUUUACGUCAAAAUCAUUAACGAACAUGGUGCGUAUGUAUGGCUCCCCCAAUCUACCAAAGAUGCACCAUCGAGACCCACUGCAGAUUCUGAUAGAAGAUCUGCAGUUCCAUGCUGUCCAGAUUGUGGCAUUCCGACUGAGCCAGAUGGAUCCACCCCUAUGCAAGGAAGCAGUGGAAUACAUGUGUGAUGUGCAAAGCCACUUGUGGAGCAUGCGGAAAAGCAAGGUCAACUUCUACAGGAUCAUGUCUGCCCUCUCAAUUUUUAUCACAUUUUGGCGGCGGUUUCUCUAUGUUUGUUCAUGGGAGAACCCCGCGAUCACUUUGCUGGUCCAUGCUGUUUUCCUCUUAGCUCUUAUGUUCCAUCAAUUCAUACUCCCGUCAACACUCCUAUUUACCUUCUUCAGUAUAGUAUGGAACUACCGGCAUCGCCCUACUCAUCCUUCCCACGUCGACAUCAAGAUAUCUUUAACAGACACUGUACACCCAGAUGAGCUCAACGAGGAAUUUGAUACCUUCCCAACUUCUCGGAGCUCUAGUUUAACAAUGAUGAGGUAUGAUAGGCUGAGGUGCGUUGCCAGCAGGAUACAGACGGUCAUGGGAGAUGUAGCAGCAUGUGGCGAGAGGAUCACUGCAUUGACAACAUGGAGGGAUCCUACAGCAACAGCAGUAUUUGGGCUGUUUACUUUAGCAGCAGCCGUUACGCUGUGUUUUACACCGUGGAAAGUUGUCGCCGCGAUGGUUGGACUCUACACCAUGAGGCACCCCAAGCUUCGACGGAAGACGCCGUCAUUCGCUUGGAACUUCUGUAGGCGAUUGCCACACAAGGGCGACAGUUUGCUCUGA